CCUCAAAAAACGUUAAUCAAUAAAUAAGAAAGAAAACUUUCGAAUUCGUUGUCGAAGUAAUAAAUAAAAAUAUUUUCUGCAAAGAAAUAACUAUUAUCAACAUAAUAGUUACAAUAUACAGACAAAUUUGGCUAGCCCGCGUUUCAGGUAUAAUUGAAUACCGAGAAAGAUGGGCGUCCCAUUAGACUCAACUGAGAAAGAUAGAAUUAUUACACGUACAAUUGUCUUUACACAAACAAAGAGAGGGUUGCGUACAGAGAUAUUCUAUGAAAUGGAUGAGGUACCUCUCAACUUCGACCGAACGGAAAGUAGUAGAGCAGCCUUAUUUUUAACCCCAGCAACAGUACAUCUUUUUGUUACACCCCAUAUAUUAGGUAUUGGAUUGCAACUACCUAAUACUCAUAAUUUUAUCUAAAAACCAUCAAAUUAAAGUUUUUUAAUGCUUUCAAAAUUGAGUUGUUCUCCACUAAAACGUGUCAAUUUGAUAUUUUUAAUGAACGUAGGUGUUGUUACAACCAAAAGUGGAAUGAACAUCGUUUUAACAGUUAAUUCUGAAAAUCUUGGUAAACCAACAACUUCGUAGAUGUAUUCCUGUGAUAAUAAUCUCAAUGGGUAAUUUUUUAAUUAAGAAAGAACACAACAAUUGAGUAAUCAUGACAUGCUCGCCUUGAGAUAUUGAUAAACGUUUUCGCAAGAACGAAUAGAUUUGUUAAUAAUAUCUAUUUUUUCUAAAAGUUGAACCAAAAAUGUUUCGAUAACUGGAAUUUACGAUUCAAAUUUUGUUAACAUGGAUCACUCUACAGCUAAGAAAAGGAAACAGAAUCCAAGAGAAACUGCUAAUCUGUUUUCAUUAUUUACAUUUGUAUAUACGGGAAGCAUUUUCAAAAGAGCUUAUGAACGAGAUCUGGAUAAAGAUGAUUUAUACGAUGUGGUGAGUAGCUGCAAGUCAAAUAAAUUGGGUAAUGCUUUAGAAGAAAAAUGGAAUGAAGAAAAAGUUAAGGAAAAUCCAAAAUCUAUUUACAGAAUUUUAUGGAACAUGUUUUAUGUUAGAUACUUUCUGCUAGGUGCCAUGGAAUUGACUUUUAAAAUAGUAAAAAGCUUACUUGAACCCAAAGCAUUUGAAAAUUUAAUUGCUUUUUUCAACGAGGACCAGAAGAAAUUUACAAAGAACGAUGCCUAUUACAAUGCAGGUUUGGUCGUUUUUUUCAGUUUUUUCACCACGAUAUUUUACUACAAUGUAUACUUGUAUUUCAUAUCAAUCGGCAUAGAAAUGAGAACGUGCUUUUCUGCCUUUCUAUACAGGAAAACUUUAAAAUUGUCUCCUGCUGCAUUAUCUGAAAUAUCUUUCGGAAAUAUAGUAACGUUGAUCACUAGAGAUGUUCAGACGUUUGAGAGGGGCAUUUUUUUCCUCAAUGACCUAUGGACUGGUUUAAUUCAUACUUCGGUUGUAUGUUAUUUGUUGUAUGCGAGAAUUGGUGCUACUACUUUUACAGGAAUUUCGUUGUUCCUUGGAGUUAUACCGCUACAAAUAUAUCUUGGCAAAAUCCUGAAAAAGUUAAGAAUGAAAACAUGUAAAAAGACCGACGAACGUUUAGAAGAAACACAAGAGGCACUUUCCAUGAUUAGGAUUAUAAAGAUGUAUACGUGGGAAGAAUAUUUUAUAAGAAAAAUUAAUUUGGCUAGAAAGGCAGAGAUAAAUAAAAUGCUAGCUGGUUUCUAUUUAAAAAUGAUGAUUUACAUACUGGGUAUUUUAGUAUCAAGACUUGGUUUUUAUAUUCUUGUCAUGGCAUAUAUUUGGAUGGACCAUCCUCCUGACUCUUCUGUUAUUUUUUUCAUAAUGUCAAAUUAUAACGAUAUCAAAUAUUUCUUCGGAUAUGUACUACCAGACGAAAUUGGACACGCAGCGGAAUUUAUGUCAGCAAUAAAUAGACUUAACAAAGUAUUAAAUGCCGAAGAAGUACCAACUGCUGAAAUAGAGUGUUCUAAGAAGGGCCAUCCAAAAAUUGAGCUACAUAACGUUACCAUUAGUAUGAAAGAAGAGAGGAUUUUGAAAAACAUAUCAUUUAAACUUAAACCUGGAUUAACUUCGAUAACUGGACCUGUCGGAUCUGGAAAAAGUACUUUAUUGAAAACCAUUUUAUACAAUUUUCCAAUUACUGAUGGACAUUUGACAAUAAUGGGUGAUAUUUCUUACGCUUCACAAGAUCCUUGGUUAUUUGAAUCGUCUAUUAAACAAAAUAUUUUGUUUGGAGAAGAAUUUAAUCCAAACAGGUACCAAGAAGUUCUAAGAGUAUGCGCUUUAGAAUACGACUUCAGCCUAUUUAGUGAUGGUGAUGAAACAAUUUUAUCAGAUAAUGGUCUCAAUUUAAGCAAAGGACAACAAGCUAGAGUAAAUCUAGCAAGAGCCGUCUACAGAAAUUGCGAUAUCUACCUUCUAGAUGAUUCCCUGACGUCUCUAGAUAAUCACGUAUCUGAAUUUAUUUUCGAAGAAUGCAUUAAGAAAUUUUUAAGAGGGAAGUUUUGCAUAUUGGUCACCCAAACCGAACGUCAUUUAAAAGAAGCCGAUCGCAUAUUGGUAGUAAAAAAAGGUGAAAUUGAUAAAAUUAUAGACCCUUCUAGAGAUUACAAAAACGUCAAUAAUGAAAUAAACAAAAUCAGUGAAAAUAUUAACGAAAUUAAGUCAAAAAUUGAUGAAAAUGACGAAGUCUCCUCUGAAACACAAAAGUUAUUAGAAACCGAACAAAAUUUAAAAAGGAAAGAUGUGUUUGAAGAAACUCUCAAAAAGGGAAGUGUUUCUAUUAAAAAUUAUAAAAAAUAUAUAACUUUUGGUGGAGGAAUAUUGGUUAUCUUAAUUUAUUGUAUUGUUAGCGGAUUUAACCAGUUUGCAUCGAGUUAUUCGGAUAAACUGUUGACUAAAUGGGUUGACGAACAACAAAAAUUCUUAAAUAUUAAAGGAAAUUUAUCUAAAUACGAAGCGAAUGCAACAUUUCCGAUUAUUAUUCCCAAAAAUGAAUCAAUGUUAUAUUUAAACCUCACAGAAAAUCUAAAAACAGCUGAUACCAAACAAAGUCAGACUUUUUCAUGGUAUUACGGAAUGUUGCUAGCCUCGACCGGCUUGGAAAUCGUUAAAACUUUUAUUAUGUUCGAUUUUUGUCGAAAAGCUUCUAUUAACAUCCAUGUUAAUUUGAUUAAAAAAAUAUUCAACGCCGUGAUGUUGUUCUUCGACACUCAUUACAUUGGAGUCAUUCUAAACAGACUAUCACAGGAUUUGGUUAAUAUGGAUGAAAAUAUGUGCUACUUAUUGAAUUACACCUUUGAAUCAGUGUACUACAUCGUGGGUUCGCUGGUACUGAUAAUAUCAGUAAAUUACUAUUUCUUAAUUUACAUUGGUAUUGUAACUGUGUGUAUGGUAUUUAUGGGAAGAAUUUAUUUACCAUUUGGGCGUGGCAUGAAAAGAUUGGAAGUUUCAACUCGAAGUCCAAUACUAGGCCACUUGAAAUCUACUUUCCAAGGCUUGACAACAAUUAGAGCAUUUAAAGCGGAGUCUAUUUUAAUAAAUGAAUAUGACAGAUACCAUGAUGUUUACACUUCCAGUCACUAUACAUUAAUUGUUGGUCAGAUUGCCUAUGGAUUUUUUACAAGCGCAUUGACAUCAUUUCUUGUUACUUUUGUUGUAGGGACUUUUAUUUUUCUGGAAACUGGUACAAGUGCCGGUAAUGUUGGAUUGGCCUUAUCUCAAAUUUUCAGCAUUGGUUACAUCAUAAUCUGGGUAAUAAGGCAAUAUAUAGAUUUGGAAAGCAUGAUGACGUCUGUUGAAAGAAUUUUUGAAUAUACAGAAAUCGAAACCGAAAACCAAACUGGCUCUAUGGCAAAAAAUUGGCCUCAAAAUGGAGCUGUCCAAUACGAUAAAGUAUCCCUCAAAUAUAACUCCUCCGAUAUUAUUUUAAAUAAUUUAAACUUCGAUUUGUUGUCCAAGCAAAAAAUAGGCAUAGUUGGUCGAACUGGUGCCGGAAAAUCUUCUAUAAUUUCCACAUUUUUUAGACUCUACGAUGUGAAAGGAAGAAUACUAAUUGACGAUAUUGACAUCAAAACUGUCCCUCUAAAACACCUUCGACAAAAUCUAGCCAUUAUUCCCCAAGAUCCUGUUCUCUUUUCUGGUACUAUCCGUUCAAAUCUUGACCCAUUUGGACAGUUUGGAGACGAUGAUCUAUGGAAAUUGUUGGAAAAAGUUCAUUUAAAAGGUUCUGUAAUGAAGUUAGAUACGGAAAUCAGCAGUAGAGCUUCUAAUUUCAGCAUGGGACAAAAACAAAUGAUUUGUAUCGCCAGAGCCAUUUUGACGAAGGCCAAAGUGCUUAUUCUGGACGAAGCCACUGCUAAUUUGGACCAAGAAGCAGAAAACAUGAUUAACGAUGUUAUCAAAGAUAAUUUUUCUGAGUGCACAGUGAUAGUAAUUGCGCACAGAUUACGAUCCAUAUUGGAAUGUGACAAAGUGAUGGUUUUGGAUCGUGGAGAAAUUAAAGAAUUUGACAGUCCGUCGAAAUUAAUGGAAAACCAAGACGGCUAUUUUUAUAAAGUUG